AUGGAAAAAUGCACCAAAUGUCCAGAUGAUAAAUAUCCAAAUAAGGACCGUGUUCACUGUAUCCCCAAAGUAAUAUCCUUCCUGUUGUAUGAAGACUAUCUGGCCAUCAUCCUAGUCUCCUUUUCCCUACUCUUGUUCCUAACAACAGGAUUUGUGUUAAUCAUGUUCCUUCAGUACCAAGAAACUCCCAUUGUUAAAGCCAACAACCGGGACCUCUCUUACAUCCUCCUGGUCUCUCUCCUGCUUUGCUUCUUCUCUCCUUUUCUUUUCAUUGGUCAACCAAGGAAAGUUACCUGCCUCUUCCAACAAAUGAUUUUCAGCAUUACCUUCUCAGUUGCCAUUUCUUCACUCUUGGCCAAAACGAUCACAGUGGUUCUGGCUUUCCUGGCCACAAAACCAGGAAAUAAAGUGAAAAGAUGGUUGGGGAAGAGCUUGGCCAACUGCAUCAUCUUUUUUUGUUCUGCUGGCCAAAUUAUCAUCUGCUCCAUCUGGGUUGGAUAUUCUCCCCCAUUCCCUGACUCUGACAUUCACUCCCAGCCUGGAGUGAUCAUCCUGCAAUGCAAUGAAGGGUCCGUUGUCAUGUUCUACAUCACCCUCAGCUACCUGGGCAUCCUGGCUGCCAUCUGCUUCACGGUGGCUUUUCUGGCCAGGAAUCUGCCUGGUAGCUUCAAUGAAGCCAAACUGAUCACCUUCAGCAUGCUGGUCUUCUGCAGUGUCUGGGUGAGUUUUGUGCCCACCUACUUGAGCACCAAAGGAAAAUACAUGGUGGCUGUUCAGGUCUUCUCCAUCUUGGCCUCUGCUGCUGGUCUUCUGGGCUGCAUCUUCAUUCCCAAGUGCUACAUUAUCAUUCUGAGGCCAGACCUGAAUACAAGGGAGCAACUUACAAGAAGAAAUGAAGAGAUAUGA